AUGUCGUCGGAGAGCAAGUCGACUUUCGGUGUGGAUGGGUGGAGACCCUCGAGGUGCUGUCAGCUGCUGUGGCGCAGACCAAUGGAGGCUUCCGGAAUCGAAUCCACUUUUCCCGAUUUAGAUGGAGUCGGCGAAUCACCUCUGCCCCGCUCAGCGACCGGCACCGCCAGCUCCACUCCCCGGCAUCGACCUUGGGGAUUACGAGCCACUUUUCCUCCGACGCACCAUCCUCAACCCUCCCUCUCUCUCCCCCCUCCUUCGCCAUCUCAGCUGGGAGCCUAUCACCCCGUCUCUCUCUCUCAGUCUGCCUCUAUGUAUGCUCUGGGAGGCGGGGAAGCUUUCGAUGUUUCCCUCUUUUUCGACAGCUUUCAGUACGGAUGA